GUCAAUGUAAGUGAAGUGAACACUGUACUCAGGGGGCGCAGAUUACUUGAGACAUUUCACAAUGAGGACUCUGCUAAACGGAAUAUCGGAGUUGCACGCGUAUUUCGUGCCUUUGAACAGUUGGGGAAUACCGAGGCCGUUGCAGAAAAACUAAUAGGACUAUGAGUGCGAGAAAUCGAGAGCCAACUGGGACACUAGACAAAGGAUCGCUCGAUUUCUAUAAAAACACGCCAUAACGGAGCAAACAAAGAACAACAACUGUUUUUACAGUUAGAUUGCUGUCUGGUUAGCGACAUUUAAAAAAGGAUAGAUUGGACUGAAACCGAAGCUCCGUGGAGGGGGAAAGGGGGAAAAGCUGGAGUGAUAGAAAUAUCCUGAUUUACUUAAGUGAAAAUGGGAACCAUCAGAACACUCAACAGAAUAUCUUCAUUCAACCUUUUUGCAUGACUGAAAAGACCUUGAAAAUUUGGAGCCAGCUCAUGUAUAGGUAUUGUGUAGUAUGGGAGCAGCCACUUUUCAGCGUGAAGGCACACGUCUUUCAAAUUGACCCGGCCACUAAGCGAAAUUGGAUUCCGGCCAGCAAACACGCUGUCUCCGUUUCCUUCUUCUAUGAUGCCGGCAGGAGUGUGUAUCGCAUUAUCAGCGUGGGAGGCACUAAGGCAAUUAUAAACAGCACCAUCACUCCAAACAUGACCUUCACAAAAACGUCGCAGAAAUUUGGCCAGUGGGCAGACAGCAGGGCAAACACAGUUUAUGGUUUAGGAUUUGCCACAGAACAACAGCUUCAACAGUUCUCCGAGCAGUUUAAGGAGAUUAAAGAGGCAGCACGUCUUGUCCGGGAUAAAUCGCAGGAGAAGUUUGAGUUGCUGAGUCCUGGUUUAAACACCACUGCUCCACAGCUGUCCCAGGCACUGCCUGUGGACCACCACUCUUCUCCGCUGCUCGGUGUCAAUGGCUCCGGUGAGGAUAAAUUGUUUCGCAGCAAGAGUGCUGAUAUGGAGCUGUCCACAGAGAAAGAGCAGAUGAGGAAAAUGCUUUCUGAAGGGUCAAUAUGCGAGAUAAACUCUGAGGCCGAGCUUUUUUCUCUACGGGACAGCAACGCUAAGUUGGUUGCAGCUCUUCAUGAAGCGAACAGCAGCAUUGAACAAUGGAAAAAGCAAUUAGCCGAGUAUCAGGAAGAAACCGAACGACUCCGAGAGCAGGUCGCAGAGCUGGAGGCUCAGGGCGGGGGUUCUGCCUCCAGUGAGAGAGGUGGUGAGGAUCUCACACAAUCAAUUGCAGAGAUGGAGGCUCUUAUAAAAGCUAAAGAUGAGGAUAUAAAGUGUCUGCAAGAGAAGAAAUCAGAUUUUAGUGAGCUGGAGAAAGAAAGGGAAGAGGCCAGCAAAAGAAUGCAGGACCUGGAGGUGAAAAAUGUAGAGCUGGAGAGUCGAGUGCAAACAGCAGAAAAGGCUUUAGCUUCUUCCCAGGUUGCCCGGAACAAUGUGGAGAGUGAAGUGCAAAAGGCCAUUGAAACUUUAGACGUCAAGAUCUAUGACCUGAGUGACUUGCGGCAGAACUUAGCCAAGCUGCUGGAGAAAUGACCAGAUGUUGCAAAACCAUACCACAAAGAUUCCAUUAUGGGAAACUUCUAGAAACUUCUCUACUGGAAUGUUCCCCAGCAGCACAACUUACAAGCCAGCAGUUUGUCAUAGUACUAAGCUGUAUCAAAAACUAGAUAGGUAUGACAAAACCAGAGCAUGAAAAACAAAAAAAGAAUUCGGAUGAAGUUGCUGAUUUGCUUCCAUCUUAAACAUUUGCUUUCUGACAGCUGAGUGUCGUGAGUGUAUCUUACCAGAUGCUUCACACUGAACAUGGCUUGUGUUUGCCUGAAGUAAAAUCCUAGGGAACUGUCAAAAAGACUGAAGCUUUCUCUAGGCAGGUUUCAGAGCUGUGAGUGGCACUAGAUAUCAAUAGCUGGAUUGUUCUUGACUUGUGAAAGAUAUGUGAUUUGGACGUGAUCUUGGACUAGCUUUCGAAAUUAGUCAUUAGAACACUUUGAACGGGAUAUUCUGUUGAUAUAAGCUAUACUGUUCAAUGUAUUUACCAGUAUUAUUGUGAUAUAUAUACAAGUAGAAUUCAGGAAUAAAAAUAUCCUAAAGUAUCUCAAUAUUUAUGGACACCAGCAUGUCUUUGUUAGGACAUUUAUUAAGAGGUUUAAUGGCUUGUAUAAUCACUCUGGCCAUUAACAGUUCCUUUUACAAGGCUCAUAAAGCUAGAUUGAUUUAGGGCUCUGUUAUUGACAACUCAAAGCACAUAGCACUAACAAAAACAUGGUAUUUCUCUUAGAAACAAACAAUACAGUAACUAGGGUGAAUAGUUAAUCUUAAUUUCCCUUCGUCAUUUUCUAGCAAAUUCAUUAUUUUAGCUGAUCUGCUGCCGUCUAUGUCUAAAUAUGUAAGUAGGUACUGAUGCAUUUCUGCAAGCUGGAUCAACUUAUUUGGAGAGCACUCGAAUUCAAUUAUCACACUCAGAUCAGUUCAAAACAGCAUUUUUAAAUGCAACAACCCUUUAGGGACCUCAGCAUGCAUCUUUAUACCAACCUUUAUACAAUCAUUAUACAGACAUGAGUCUGUCAUGUCUUAAACCUAAACAUUAACUCUAAGUGUUGAUUUUACCUUGCUUGGACAUUGCUUUCAUUUGCCCUACAAUCACACUUAUGCUAUUUUUCUAUUGUGUGCCUGUUGUUUGUGGUUUUCUAUGAAUUCCCAAUAAAAGUAUUUGCUUAAUG